CUGCGAGUGUAUGUACACUUGUACAUAAACUGAGCUUAACAAGUUUAGUCUCCACGUUCACUUUUAGUUAGUACUCAACUGUCGUAGAAGACGUACGCGAUAUUUUCCCAUAUCUUAAGCCGAUUUUAGCUUGUGAAACUGUUUGGUUGACGCAGUUGCAGCAAAAUGCCAGCAAUGGAAGUAAAUCCCGAUUUGCAGAAGGAACGCAAUACAGCGACCUUUGAUCCAAAUGAGUUUUCGGUCUUUUGGGCUGGUGGCGCAGACAAAUACAAAGAAAAGAAGGCCUUGGAGAAAAUGUUCCUGGAGGAUCCAGCGCUGAAUGAUGAGGUGCCCACUUCAUAUAUGUCACACAAGGAGCUCUACGAGAACAGUCUGCGCAAGGCAUGCCUCAUUGGCGAAAAGAUACGCGAACUGCGCGCCAAUGGCGAGGAUGGCGUAGAUACCUACAACGCUCUACUCGGCGGCUCACUGGGCGCUGCUCUAGUGAAGGAGGGCAAUCCCAUUGCACUGCACUAUGUCAUGUUUGUGCCAACUAUUAUGGGUCAAGGCAGCAUGGAGCAGCAGGUGGAGUGGCUGUCGAAAGCGUGGGACUGUGAGAUAAUUGGCACCUAUGCACAAACUGAACUGGGUCAUGGCACCUUUUUGCGUGGCUUGGAAACGCGCGCAGAUUACGAUGCCCAAACGCAACAGUUUGUGAUCAAUACACCCACACUUAGCGCAUAUAAGUGGUGGCCCGGCGGCUUGGGACACACGGCGAAUCAUGCCGUGGUCGUUGCCCAGCUGUACACCAAGGGCGAGUUCCGUGGACUGGCGCCGUUUAUUGUGCAGCUGAGGGACACGGAUACGCAUAUGCCCCUUCCCGGCAUCGAUAUUGGGGACAUUGGCACCAAGCUCGGCAUGAAGGCGGUUAAUAAUGGUUAUUUGGGACUGAAAAAUGUGCGCGUUCCACUGAACAAUAUGCUGAUGAAGAACCAACAGGUGCUGCCGGAUGGCACCUAUGUGGCGCCGAAGAACAGUGUCCUCACCUAUGGCACAAUGAUGUUUGUCCGCUGUGCACUCAUUAGGGAUACGGCUCAAAGCUUGGCCAAGGCCUCCACCAUUGCCACGCGAUAUUCGGCAGUGCGACGACAGAGUCCCAUUGAUCCGAAGGAGCCAGAGCCACAGAUUAUGGAACAUACGACACAGCAGCUCAAGCUGUUUCCGCAAAUAGCCAAGGCAAUUGUCUUUAAGACGACUGGCGAUGGCAUUUGGAAUAUGUAUAAUGUGCUCUCUGGUGAAAUUGAGCUGGGCAAUCUGGAUCGCUUGCCGGAGAUGCAUGCGCUCUCGUGUUGCCUGAAAGCCAUUUGCAGCGCAGAUGCAGCAGCUGGCGUGGAGACCUGUCGCCUCUCAUGCGGCGGUCAUGGCUACAUGGACUGCUCUAAUUUCCCGACUAUCUAUGGCAUGACGACGGCUGUGUGCACCUACGAGGGCGAGAACACCGUUAUGCUGUUGCAGACGGCCCGUUAUCUGGUCAAGGUAUAUGGCCAAGCGUUAAGUGGGGAUGAACUGGUGCCCACGGUGGCUUACAUCAACGAGGCCAUCAAGCUAAAGUACUUUGUCAAUUUCGACGGAUCAUUGGAGUCGAUUGUGAAGGCAUUCCAGUUUGUGGCUGCCAACAAAGUGCGCGUUGCUUAUGAACAAAUUGAACAGCGUCGUCGACAGGGUCACUGCACGGAGGUCGCUGCCAAUCUUAGUGGUGUAUUCCUAACCGGCGCUGCAGACCUACACGGACGCGCCUUUUUGGCAGAGUCUGCGUACAAGGAACUGAUGGCUGUGUCCAAAACAGUCUCUCCAGCACUGGCUGAUGUGCUGAAGGUGGUCUUGGAGCUGUACCUAGUCGACGCAUGCCUCAAUCGUAUUGGUGACUUCUUACGCUUCAUCGAUCUGACUGAUGCGGAUGUUACCAAACUGGAGAUGCGUCUGGAGAGCUGCUUGAAACGCUUGCGUCCCAAUGCUGUUGCUCUGGUCGACAGUUUCGAUCUUCAUGAUCGCGUUCUGGACUCGGCUCUGGGCGCAUACGAUGGCAAUGUGUAUGAUCACAUAUUUGAGUCGACCAAGAAGAAUCCGCUCAACAAGGAGCCAGUGAAUGAAGCAUUCCACAAAUAUCUGAAGCCCUUCAUGAAAGCGCAUUUGUAAAAUUACGUUACAUUUUUUAUAGGGCGGUAUUUCGUCAUUGUUAUAUGCCUGUUAUUGUUUCAUAUGUAAAUAUAUAUAUUUAAAUCUUGCUUGUUAA